UCAACCAUCAUCGUUUUUCGUAAAAGAAACGCGAAAGUGAAAAGAUUGCGGUCGGUUUCGGGUCGUGAAAAAUGCAUCCCAAAAGUGCAUAAAAGUCGCGUAAUUCCGUUCGAAAAGUAGUUCUUUCCGUUGCCCGUAUGCAAGUGAGUAAUGGGGAAGUGAAGUUGGGUGGUUUACGUUGGGAUUACGCCAGAAAAAUGCAUUUCAAAAGUGGUGGGGCCAAGCCUAUGAUGCGUCGUGAGAAGUGAAAAUUUUCGUCUGCUUCAAACAUGGAGGAUGUCGACCCGAUACGGUUUCCGAAUGCGAAUGUAUUUUUUUUUGUGCAAAUCGAUCGAGUUAAAAGUGGUUGAAUGCGAGUGAUCAAAUCGAAAUCUGUGAUUCUUGUAGCGUUUAACGAAUUGAUACCGAUUUCAACAAAAUUGAAAAGUGAAUGGUGGUGCAUUUAAUCCCGUUUAUCGAAUUAUGUGAAAGGGGGCUUCGAUGAAGACGUGAAACAUAACCUCAAUAUGCAGAUAAUCAUCAUUGUAAUUGGUUCCCCCAGCGUAGGGUAAUUGGUGAAAAUGUCGGUUCAUUACAAAUUUAAAAGCGCACUAGAUUUCGAUACCAUCACCUUCGAUGGGUUGCACAUUUCGGUGGCGGACCUCAAGAAGGCCAUCAUCCACCAGAAGCGACUCGGAAAAACGAUGGAUUUUGAUCUCCAGAUUACCAAUGCGCAAACCAAGGAAGAAUUCAGCGAAGAAGCUGCACUAAUUCCGAAGAAUACCUCACUGAUAAUUGCGAGAAUUCCGUUGAAGAAUGCCCCGAAGAAGAAUUGGGUUCCGAAGGACGACAGCAACCAGCAGCAAACGGUAACCUCGCGGAAGGGACAUGACAGCGCCUCGGCUGCCGUUCAGUCCAAUGUGGAUCUUUCGACGAUGAGCGGAACGGAGGAGGACAAGAUUCGUGAGAUGAUGUUCCAGAGUACGGCCGAGUACGAUCCUACCAACUACCAAAAAAUUCGAGGAGCAUCCCAAUCUGGAGAGGUCCCCGUUAAUUACAAGUGCUAUCGGUGUAAUAAACCAGGUCACUGGAUUAAAAAUUGCCCCCUCGGUCCACUGCCAAAAGAGGCGAUGGAGGUCAAACGCACUUCGGGAAUUCCUCGCUCGUUCAUCGAGCGGGACAAGGAUCCGGAAAACAAUCCAAUCAUUCAACCGUCGCAAGUUCCGCCGGAGGAAAAGCAAGUCAUCCCGGAGGACCUGAUCUGCAGCAUAUGUAAGGAUCUGUUCACCGACGCGGUCAUGAUACCCUGCUGUGGCAGCUCCUUUUGCGACGAGUGCGUUCGGACAGCUCUACUCGAAUCGGAAGAUAACGAAUGUCCCGACUGCAAGGAGAAGGGGUCCUCCCCGGGAUCGCUUAUCCCGAAUCGGUUUCUGCGAAACUCGGUGAAUGCCUUCCGGAACGAAACCGGCUACACGAAAACCGUGGUGCAGAAAGUUGCUUCAAACAAGCAAACCAAACCGGCCGAGGACCCUUCAAACGCAUCGGUAGAAACGACGAAUUCGUCUACCAAUAUUGCGUCCGUAACAGGAACAUCCAGUGGAGAUGUUGAUGCUGAACAACAACCUGUGGAAAACGCAGAUGACGAAAAACGUGACGCGGGUGAUCAGCUACAGGAAAGCUAUGAGGAUGUAUCUCAACAUGGAGAUAUUGAUUCCCCACCAGCGGAUGAUAAAGUAUUCGACAACGAAUCGGAUUACGAGGAUAAUAUUACAGUAACGGUACCGCCAGCCCAUCUUCAAAGCAGGGGAGCUUUUCGCGGACAUUACAACGGACGGCAGGCCCAUCAUCGUCACGACACGCCACCCGUUGGCCGUGAUUAUCCUCCGCCGUAUAGCAGAGGUAACAGCGAUAGCGGUGCAAGCCGGACAACGGAACCAAUUGCAACUGAAGAAGCCGGCUCCCGUACCCCGAUCGUGGAAGAAAAGGAGAACAGUUAUAAUGCCGCUCCCGCAGCCGCUUCCAAACAUGAAUAUGAAUCACGGUCUCCAGAAUAUCAUCAGCCAGCAGCCAGGGGCCCCAUACAAAUGCCGCCUCACAAUCAUCCUCCGCACCAACAAGCUCCACUCUUGGGCAAUCAUCCACCGUCCCACCCAAAUUAUAUGGCUCCACAACCGCAUCCAGUUCCGGCCGGUCCAUACCCGGGUCCUCCUCCACAUGGAGCACCGCAUCCUUACCCCGGAGGAUACGGAAUGCCAGGCGGAUAUCCACCGCAACGUCCGUAUGAUCACCACGGCGGAGGAAUGUACCACGGAGAGCGGCCUCGAAUGAUGUAUCCACCUCGAGGCGGCUAUCCCCCACAUCCACCACACAUGAGACCACGCCAUAUGGGUCCCAUGGGGCCAGGAGGAUAUCCCGGCAUGCCCAACGUUGGACCAGGCAUAAUCGACGAUCCAUUGGAAGCAUUUAACCGUAUCAUGAGGGAAAAGGAACGUCGCAAAGAGCAGGAGGCCAAACAGGCUAGCCGGCAUCGUUCACCUCACGGAGACCGAAACCGUCGGUCUCGAUCGUUCGACAACAGCGGUAGUGGCAAUCGACGAGGACGAUCCGCGGAACGGGAACGGCGAAGAUCGCCGCGCGGGGGACGGUCUCCGGAUCGGCGCCGAUCGCCCGAGGAAAAGCACGGUGACAAACGGGAACGUGAGCAGGGUCGGGACCGGGAACGUGAACGGGACAGGGAUCGCGACCGGGAUCGAGAACACGAUCGAGAUCGAGAUCGCGAGCGCGAUCGCAAUGGUGGAAGACGUAGAAAUCGUUCCAGUUCGUACAGUUCAAGCGGAUCGAGAUCCUAUUCGAGAUCCGAUUGCAGAUCUCCCGGGAAACGUGGCAAGUCUCCGAAACGGCGUUCAAGAAGCCCCUACCGAGAACGUCGAUCGAAGAGCCGUUCUAAGUCGUUCGACGAUAGAAGACACGGUAAGCACGGCAAGGACAGACGAGAAGAACGUCGUGGAGAUGAACAUCGUGGCGAGUAUCGUGAUAACAGAGAAAGAUCUCCGGGAUACCGGGAUCAUUAUCAAAGCAGCUACCGCGGCCGCGGAGGAAACUACAGAGGUGGUCCACGUGGUCGUGGCAGCAGCCGGGACAGUGGCUAUCAGUCUCACUUUCCCCGGGGCUAUGAUCGUGGCCAUCCGCAAGGGCCACCGGUGCAGGCACCCCAGCACGAUCAGUACGGCCACCCGAUGGGACCGGGAGUACCGAAUGAGUACCAUCACCAUGAUCCGACACAUCACGGUCACGGCGUGCCACCGGGAGUGGUCGGAGCAGCCACUAUGCCCCCACACGGUGUACCCCCGGCUGGACACUAUGCGCCACCGCCACAGCAAGCGAUGCCCCCGAGUUCGGCGGUCCCAAGCAGGUAUCCGCCACGUGAAGCCCCUCGGCCAUACAUGGGCCAUCCCGUCAAAGCGGAUGCUAUGGGCUAUUACGAGCAGCCACCUCAACCGGUCCCAGUUCAACAGCCGGCUCCUCUGGUUAGCUCAGAACCUCCGCCACCCGGAUUCGAAGAGCAAGAUAGUUGGUCCGGUAAGCAGGACACGGAGUACCGAGCACCAAUCGCCGCCCCAGCUCCAGCUGCUUCAGCGCCGGAGGAAACUACCUAUGAUUACCAUAACACGCCAAAAAGCCAUGACCACGAAAGGGCUCAUACUCCGGUCAUUCGUGACGAUAGGCACGAACACACUACUCGAUCACAUUCUAAGGAUAAAGAGAGCAAGAAGAAGACUCGUGACGAAAGCACUGAUCAUCACCGUAGCCGGGAGGAAAGGCGAGCUAGGUCGAAAACGCCGGAACGGCAUGAGAAGGAAAAAUCAUCCAAACGUGGUGACCACGACAAAGAAAAGGAUAGGGACAAGAAACGCAACGAGGCGAAGCGGCUGCUAGAAAAAGAGCGAGAGCGUGAACGAGAAAGGGAAAAGGAACGAGAGAAAGAGCGUGAAAAGGAAGCGAAACGAAAGCAAAGAGAUUCCAGUGAGGAGGAAAAGAAAGAAAAGAAAAAAGAUAAGGAGAAGAAAAAGAAGAAAAAGGAAAAGGAAGCCGAGAAAAAGAAACACAAAAAGGAAAGAAAGGAGAAGGAAAAGGAGAGCCGCUCGAAAGAGAAAAAGAAGGAGAGAAAGACGGUUGAAAAGGAGGAAGCAGAUAGUUCCCAGCAACCAGCAACCCCGAAACAUGCUCCGAAGCAUCACUCUGUUGAGGAGGCGGCGGCUGCUCUACUGGACAGGCAACAACCGGAGGUUGACACAACUCAGGAAUAUAUUGGUCAGGAAUUCGACGAUACUUUUGUUGAAACUGACCGAUCUCUCAACAUUAGUAAAACGGCAUCCGAAGGGGAAGAUGCUGCCUAUCGUGAAGAGCCUUCCAGUAGUCACAAUCAACCCGAUGAAUUGCCUCCUGCACAGCUUGAUAACAGCCACGACCACAGUGAUCUGUACUCGGAUAUUCCAGACAAGUACGAAGAAGAUCAGCUGGAGAAAUUAGUUCUCGAGGGUCACCAUGGCGAAGAGGACAUUGAUCUGGUGAACAGUACUGGUGUGGUCAGUACGGAGGAUCAUCUGCCGGAAGACAUCAAACGAUCAGAUUCCAUUUUGGAUCUCCACGCAAAUGUGGACUUUGAAGCAGAGCUGGAGGAGGGUGAGCACAUGUCUCCACCGAAGUUCAUCGGAAUCCCGGAACUUUCCAAGUGGGAAAUGGAAGAGGACGGUGCCGUUAUUUCGAGUUCGGAAAGGAAACCAUCUUUGGAGGAGCCCGCUGUGAGCGUGAAAUCCGAAGAAUCAUCCGGUAAGGUGACCAACGAGGUGCUGAAGCGAGCUGAGAAUGCCAUUUUCACGCGGGCCAUUGCCGCGAUUCGACCGAUCGAGAUCAAGAAGAUCAGCGUGGAUCGACAGAAGCUGUACUCGAACGAGAUAGUGCUGGACGAUGAGAAGCCGACGCUGGAAGUGAAGGUCGAAAAGCAGCAGGAUGAACUUAAACGGUUCCAGGUUACGGUUCCUACGAACGAUGAUCAUGCGGAGCGAUCCGUUGAAAUCAAACCGGAUAUUAGCAAACUGGAGGGUCGUGCUUCUCCGAUACGAGCUUCCAUCAAGGAGCGUCUCGGGAGCAAAAUUACCGAAAUUCGUGGAAGCAGUUCGAGUACGUAUUCCCGAUCGCGCACACCGCCUCCUUCCCGAAAGGUGAAGGCUUCAUCGUCGUCUUCUGCAGCAGCCACCACCACUCUGACUAAGGUGGAACAGUCGAAGAAACGUACUCGAAGCCGAUCAGCGGAUCGCGAUGGAAGUGACAGCAGAAAGGCUCGUGGCGAACGAGGAGAGGACCGUCAUCGAGAGGAAAUCCGCAUCAGUAGCCGACGUCAGGAUACCGGAAGACGGGUGGUGGUUGCUGUACGGGAACCAAGCGCUGAAAAGCGACGGGAGCAUGAACGUAAGGAUCGAAACGAACGGAGUGACCAAAGGACCAAGGAGAGAACAGUUAAGGAAUCAGGCGAAAAGACACGCGAAAAGGUUGUGCGACGAAGUCGCGAGCGAAGUCGAGACAGGCGGCGCGAAAGGUCCAAAACGCCACCGAAGCGAGAACGCGAAAAAGAUAAUGAGCGGGAUCGCGAAAAGGAUCGCAGAAGGGACCACAAGGAAGACGAAGAACGGCAUAAGAGAAUCGAAAGCCGAUCGGAUAAAACAGGCGGCCACAGUCACAAAGAAGAUAGGAAGCCACACACGGAUCGCAAGCGGUCUGAUAUGGAAUCGGAACGGCGGCAUCACGAUGCUGCUUCAGCUGAUAAGGUCCGCCGAGAGGAGAGUUCCUCUCGAAGGGAAGAACCACGGAAACGCGUGCCCGAGGAAUCGACCGAGAAAGCCGCGGAGGUCGUUCCGAUCAAGAAGGUAAAGUCGGACAAGGUGCCGAAGAGUUCACGGGAUGCGGCCAGUUCGAGUGACAGCACCAGCUCAGAUUCGGAAUCGUCCUCAUCGGACUCGAGUAGCGAAUCGGAAGGUGAAAUCACCAAGAAACGGAAGAAGAGAAAGCACAAGAAGGAACGCAAGCGUGCCAAGCGAUCGGGUUCGACCGAUUCGGAUGAGUCCGGCGGUAAGAAGAAGAAAAAGAGCAAAAAAUCCAAGUCAAGCAAGAAGAAGAAGAAGGAUCGCAAACACCGGAAGGAAUAGAGGUGUCAGUAUUUCAUUUGAGCGUGAAUUGUACAGAAGAGAAGGAACGCCUUGGUUUGUGGUUCUGGGUUGGCCGGAAAGUCCAUUGUUAUGAACAACCUUGUGGACUUACAUUUAGGGUAACAUGUAAGUCGUCUGCUUUAAUAAUGAUCGUAAGUGUCCAUGAAUUUGUGGAAAUCAAUGAGAUAGAAAAAAAACUGAAUUCGAUUUCAUGUACAUGUUAGCAUUCUGUAAAAGCAGUUUCGUUGAGUAAGGAAUAAAAAUUCUAGAACUGAAA